AUGUUGAAACGGGGGAUGGUCAAACACGCUCGCCCGUACCUGAACGCCGUGCGCUCGACAUUGACAGCAGCGCUAUGCCUGGACAACUUUGCGUCCCAGAUCGUCGAGAAGCACAACGUGCCCGAGGUCGAGGCCGGCAACACAAAGGAGGUACUGCUCAACCCGCUGGUUGUGAGUCGCAACGAGAACGAGCAGGUUCUGAUCGAGGGCAGCAUCAACUCGGUGCGCAUCAGCAUUCGCAUCAAGCAGGCCGACGACAUUGAGCGCAUUUUGGCCCACAAGUUUACGCGCUUCUUGAUGAUGCGCGCAGAGAACUUUAUCAUUCUCAGGCGGGUGCCGAUCAAGGGAUACGACAUUAGCUUUUUGGUGACAAACUUCCACACCGAGCAGAUGUACAAGCACAAGCUGGUCGACUUUAUCAUCGAGUUCAUGGAGGAGGUCGAUAAGGAGAUCAGCGAGAUGAAGCUCAGCCUGAACGCCAGAGCGCGCAUCGUCGCAGAGACCUAUCUGUCGCAGUUUGUCUGA